UGCUGACACGGCCACCACCCCGCGACUGACCCCGCGACCACCAGCCCGAUUCACAAAUCCUAUCCACUCUCCACAAACAUAGGGACCUUGAUCGGCCGCUCCAUUUGCGCCCGGGUGGUGACAGCACUGAUUGUCGCCAUCCUGAAAACCCGGGUCUCUGUUAUACUUGCCAGCCCUCCUUCGCUUGUCUGUCGAACCACCUCUCUUUGGUCCGGUUUUUGCGUUCACAGCGCGUGGGGUCGCGCUCCAAAUUCCCCUUUAAGAGCUUUGUUUGGACCCCAAGAUCGCGACGAUGCCGCCCCCAAAUACUCCCGAGGAGGACUCAUCGGUGAUUGUGUCGGCUUCACCGCCGGCUCUCCCCAGUUCUCGCCGCGUCUCUUCGCGUUCAAUCGGUCCGAUCGAGCUGUCGUCCCAAGGAUCCGCCUACGUCGAGAUCGACUACCCGGCGCUCGAGUACGUCGGCCCCGUGGACGACGCACUCCUCUGUCCCAUUUGUCGGAACCCGCUUUACGACCCACUUACAACUCCUUGCCGCCAUACGUUCUGCUCAGCGUGCCUUGAGCAGUCAAUCGAGGUGCAUUCGAUCUGUCCGAUCGACCGCAAGCCGCUCCCCGAUUUAUGGGACUGUCGUCUACCACCCUUGAUCGUCAACGAGCAGCUGGACCGGCUUAAGGUCAAGUGCCCGAACACAGGCUGCGGCUACGAGUGCUCCCGCGAGCACAUUGCCGGGCACUGCGAGCGGCAGUGCCAGUACACACCGGUCCGCUGUCCCGACCCCGGAUGCACUGAGCUUGUUGCCCGGGGACUCGCUAUGUCUGAAAAUCAGUGUCUGCACUACGAUAUCAGUUGCAAAGACUGCGGCGAGGACGUGACGGCUGCCGAGUUCCAGGUGCACCUGAACCUCAGUUGUGAUAAGUCGACAACCGAAUGCGCGCAAUGCCACCAACAAGUGGUGCGGCACCGUAUGGGAUUGCACAAAUCGCGAGACUGCCCCGAGGAGCAGACGGAAUGCAGGUGGCAUGAAGCCGGGUGCAAGGUGGCGGACAAGCGUCGGAUCGUCCAGCAGCAUGAGGAGAGCGGGUGCAUGUUUGAGGGCAUUGGACGUCUAUUAACUCUGCGAACGAACGACUGCGAAACUAUUUCCGCCCUUGCCAAGACCAUCGGCGACCUCAGCAGCCGCCUUGCAACUCUCGAGGCGGGUCGCAGCCCAAAACACCAAGGGGUCCGACGACGCGCCGGAGACAACAACGAUCGUCCCGUGGUUCCACCUCCCGCGCCUGAUGAUGGAGUACAGGCCUGUCUCGAGGAAUACAUCCUCCCGCGGGUCGAGAACUUGGAGAACAAGCUCGAGGGCAUGCAGCAGCGGAUGAUGGAAAGGGAAGAGCAGCACUCACUGAGCCUGCAAGCGGUCGCGCAUCUCAACGACCAGAUUGCCGAGGUCAACAACAAGCUUGGCGUCCUCAACAUGCACACCACGUGGCUCCUGAACAGGCAGCGCCAGCAGAGCCAGGUGCAGCAGCAACGGGCCGGGUCGGGCGCGGGGUCGGAGAGCCCGUCGGAGAGCCCUGUGGUGUCCCGUUCUACCGAGACGGACGGUGCACGAGCCGGGUCGUCUGAGACGAGCGGACGGCCGCAGGCUGGCCAUCGGCGGAGUGGGGAGGGAAGGACGGGCACCCGUCUGUGACGGUAUCAACCAGUCUUGGGAUUUAUGCCAUUCCUGCCUCAUGGUUCGUUUGGGAGUGUUGGAGUUGCACAUGACGACGAGAUGUGAACGGCUUGAUGA